UGUUUGUAUUUUAUAAAGUCAUAAUAUUGAUAACACGAUUUCUCACAGAUUUAGAUAAUAAAAUAAUAAAUAAUAAAUUUAAUUGAUUUAUGUUUGUUGAAGCAUUCAAUAAAUCUUGUAUACCUAAUGACAAAUGUUAGAUUAUGGUAUGCUAUGGAAAUUCUAUCUUAAUUAUUUUAUAACAGAACAGAUACCUAUCUAAAUAUUAUUCACCUCUGCAACAAAAGAGCAUUGUCACAUCAAUUUACUAAGAGAAUAAUAAUAAUAAUAAUAUAAUAUGAUAAUAAUACAGUCGCCCAUAGUAGUUUGGUAUAUUGUAUAAAUUGUAAUUAUAUUUAGUAAUACGAAUACAGUUGUUUCUGAUUUUUUGUGGAUAAUAAAUAUUGAGGCCGAACAAAUUAUAAUCAUGAGCAAAAACGUGCAGGGUAACAAAAUUGCUGUUGCUCACGGGUGGCAAAAUUGUAAAUACGGCCCAGGUCUGCACAUUGACACAAUAAUAUAUGGUAGGUUCCAUAUAUAUUGUACUCGCGUAUUUUUCGUCGAUUAUAGUAAAUUUGUUGGCUAAUAUAGGUAAUAAUGACUUUUUCUCGUAAGCCUUUCUGGCUCUAUAUAAACAGUUAUGUUUGUUACCAAUGGUGUGUGGGUCCAAUAUUUUUCUAUAAAAGGCGUAAACACACACGAAAAUAUGACAUUUCUUUCCUAUAGACGCCAAGCUGCUUAUUACUUAUAACGCCGAGCUUGCUCUUCGAAAACCCCUGCCAAUCUCUUACUGCAAAGUAUUCUGUUUUUUUUUUUAUUUGUUAUCAUUGUUUUUCGUGUUAGUUUAAAAUAGAUUAGAUUUGUUUUCGUUGUUUAAUUAGUAUUAUUUUGUUUUUUUCUGUUUUUUUUUUUCUUAAAGUUUUCAGUAGGCCGUAUGCACCAGAAAACUCUAAAGAACGGUACGUGCGGGUACAGAACACUUUAGACACAAUGCGCACCGAGGAAUACGACGACAAUUUCACAGCUGUGGCCAGCGUAACGUCAAUGCUGGUCGUCACGGUGGCUGGGACUUUUGUUAUGACUGUAUUAGCGCUGGUACUCUGCCUGUUGUGCGCAGGACUCGAAAUGACUGCGUUCGUCAAGAGUCCUGCAGUGCAACAGGCGUUGAGACGGACUUUUCCGGGAGCCUCCGGAAAGCUUAGAGGUGGUGACGCGUUGCCUGUCCGAAGACGGGCCACUGCUACAAUAUUCUUCGGGAUAUACUUGGCCGCACAGUCCGUCGGCACCGCGAUGUUCGUGGCAGUGGAAUUGCUCUGUCCGUCAAACCGACCGGAACAACAGACGCCACCGUCAUCUGCCACGGGACGUCCGAUCGAAGACACCACGGCAAACCACCAUAAAUUAUGUUUAAGUUUUUUUCUUAUCAUAAGCAUUUUUUAAAUCUGAAUAUUACAAACCAAUUACCUACAACCUGCCUUAUUAUUGUCAUUGUCAAUACGUCCUACUAGAAUGAAUAAAAUUCGAAGUAAUAACAGUGCAUAUUUUGUUGAUUUAUUUUUCCGAAAUCUAAAUUGGUAUUUAGAAAAAAAGUUAUGUAUAUUCAAAAAACCAAU